UUUUGAGCUGUUGGAGCUGACUGCUAUUGUUCGGAUAAUGUGGGUAUGCCUUAAGGAAGGCUUUACUCUUCUCGACGGCCUUCUUCUCCAAUGCAGCCCAAUUGAGGCCGUUCUUGUUUUGUUGCUUGAAUUCCUUUCUAAGAGCGCUUCAUUUCUUUUGGGGGAAGGGGGGCGCCGCUUUAUUUUCUUUUUACCUUCCUCCACACGAGCCCCGCGGCGUCGGAACUUCUCGAGAUUGACUCCCGGCCGAGGCGCUUGCGACGCGCGCGAGAGGCAAAAUGCCAGCAAAGUCGAGGUUUACGAGACUAGACGCCUUCACCAAGACGGUGGAAGAUGCGCGCAUUAGGACGACCUCAGGUGGCAUCGUCACGAUAGUGUCGCUCAUUGUGGUAUUCUUCCUCGCCUUGGGCGAGUGGUCCGACUACCGCAGGAUAGUGGUGCAUCCAGAGCUGAUCGUCGACAAGGGCAGAGGCGAGCGCAUGGAGAUCCAUCUCAACAUCACUUUCCCCCGGAUUCCUUGCGAGUUGCUCACACUCGAUGUCAUGGAUGUCUCGGGAGAGCAGCAGCACGGCGUACAACACGGUAUCACCAAGACGAGGCUGCGGCCGCUAAGCGAGGGCGGCGGUGACAUUGACUCGAAGGAGAUCGUCCUGCAUUCCCGCGACGAGGCCGCCGUCCACCUUGACCCAAACUACUGUGGCGAGUGCUAUGGCGCCCCGCCCCCAAACAAUGCGAAGAAGCCCGGGUGCUGCAACACAUGCGACGAAGUCAGAGACGCAUACGCGCAAGCCUCGUGGGCCUUCGGUAGAGGCGAGGGCAUCGUGCAGUGCGAGCGCGAGCACUACAGCGAGAAGUUGGACGCCCAGCGCAACGAGGGCUGCCGCAUCGAGGGUGGACUGCGCGUCAACAAGGUGGUGGGCAACUUCCACAUUGCGCCCGGCCGCAGCUUCAGCAAUGGCAACAUGCACGUGCACGACCUCAAGAACUACUGGGACUCGCCGACCAAGCACACAUUCACGCACACGAUCCAUCACUUGCGCUUCGGCCCGCAGCUACCCGAGUCGCUGACCCAGAAGCUGGGUACCAAGAACCUGCCGUGGACCAACCACCACGUCAACCCUCUCGACGACACCCACCAGCAGACGGACGACGUCAACUACAACUACAUGUACUUCCUCAAGAUCGUGCCCACCUCGUACUUGCCCCUCGGCUGGGAGAAGACAUGGGCCGGCUUCCGCGAGCGGCACUCCGCAGAGCUCGGCUCCUUUGGCACCUCGCCCGACGGUAGCGUCGAGACGCACCAGUACUCGGUCACGAGCCACAAACGGAGUCUGGCCGGCGGCAACGACGCUGCCGAGGGUCACCAGGAGCGGCAGCACGCGCGCGGCGGCAUCCCGGGGGUGUUCUUCUCUUAUGACAUCUCGCCCAUGAAGGUCAUCAACAGGGAGGAGAGGGCCAAGAGCUUCCUUGGGUUCCUCGCUGGUUUGUGUGCCAUUGUGGGAGGCACCCUCACGGUCGCCGCGGCUAUUGAUCGUGCUCUGUUUGAGGGUACCGUCCGGCUCAAGAAGCUGAGGUCUAAAGAUCUCUGAGAGAGACGAUGUAAUGGAGCUGGAGCUGUUCCAUUACCGCGUUUGUUUUUCAAGUAAAAAAAACUAUUAUCUGUAUCAGUGGAU